UUUUCCUGCAGCCUCCCGGGCCGCCGGGUCUGUCGUUGGCUCGCUCGCUCGGUCGCUCGCUCGGUCGCUCGCUCGCUCGGUCGGUGCAGCCGGGGAGGUGCGGGGCGGGGAGGGGAAGGGGCAGGGCUCGCCGGCCGCCGCCGCCGCCGCCAUGUCGGGGCAGAGCCUCACCGACCGCAUCACCGCCGCCCAGCACAGCGUCACCGGCUCCGCCGUGUCCAAGACGGUGUGCAAGGCCACCACGCACGAGAUCAUGGGGCCCAAGAAGAAGCACCUGGACUAUUUGAUCCAGUGCACGAACGAGAUGAAUGUGAACAUCCCCCAGUUGGCAGACAGCUUGUUUGAACGAACUACCAACAGCAGCUGGGUGGUGGUCUUCAAGUCUCUCAUUACGACCCAUCAUCUGAUGGUGUAUGGAAACGAGCGCUUUAUCCAGUAUCUGGCAUCAAGAAACACAUUGUUUAAUUUAAGUAAUUUCCUGGAUAAAAGUGGAUUGCAGGGUUAUGACAUGUCUACAUUUAUUAGGCGAUAUAGUAGGUAUCUAAAUGAAAAAGCAGUUUCGUACAGGCAAGUUGCGUUUGACUUCACAAAAGUGAAAAGAGGGGCAGAUGGAGUUAUGAGAACAAUGAACACGGAAAAGCUCCUCAAAACCGUACCGAUUAUUCAGAAUCAAAUGGAUGCACUUCUCGACUUCAAUGUGAAUAGUAAUGAGCUGACAAAUGGUGUAAUAAAUGCUGCCUUCAUGCUCCUGUUCAAAGAUGCCAUUAGACUCUUUGCAGCCUAUAACGAAGGAAUAAUUAAUCUCUUGGAAAAAUAUUUCGAUAUGAAAAAGAACCAGUGCAAGGAAGGCCUGGAUAUCUAUAAGAAAUUCCUCACUAGGAUGACAAGAAUUUCAGAGUUCCUCAAAGUUGCAGAGCAAGUUGGAAUUGACAGAGGCGAUAUUCCAGACCUUUCACAGGCACCAAGCAGUCUUCUGGAUGCUUUGGAGCAACAUCUAGCUUCCCUAGAAGGAAAGAAAAUCAAAGAUUCUACGGCCGCAAGCAGGGCUACAACCCUUUCCAAUGCAGUCUCUUCCCUCGCAAGCACCGGCUUGUCACUAACCAAAGUCGACGAAAGGGAGAAACAAGCAGCCUUGGAGGAAGAACAGGCUCGUCUGAAAGCUUUAAAGGAACAGCGUCUAAAGGAACUCGCAAAGAAACCUCUUACCUCUCUAACAACUGCAGCCUCUCCUGUAUCCACCUCAGCGGGAAGCGUGAUGACUGCACCGGCCAUUGACAUAUUUUCCACCCCUAGUUCGGCAAACAGCACGUCAAAGCUGCCAAGCGAUCUCCUUGACUUGCAGCAGCCUUCCUUCCAUCCAUCCGUACCUCCUCUCUCCAGCACCCCGCAAGUAGCCAGUACGUGGGGAGAUCCUUUCUCUGCUCCCGUUGAGACUGUCGAUGAUGCCGUUCCGAGCUUAAAUCCUUUCCUCCCAAAACCUCCUGAUGCUGUCCACCUCCCCAUUUCUACAGAUGCAUCCACAUUUGCCUGUAGGACACCUACUCAUGAAAUGUUUGUUGGGUUCACCCCUUCUCCGGUCGCCCAGCCGCAGCCUCCUCCUGGCCUGAACGUCGACUUCGAGUCCGUGUUUGGAAACAAAUCUACUAAUGUAAUUGUGGAUUCCGGUGGCUUCGACGAACUAGGCGGGCUCCUCAAACCCACGGUGGCCUCUCCGAACCAGAGCCUCCCCACCGCCAAGCUCCCUCCCAAUAAACUCGUGUCCGAUGACUUGGACUCCUCCCUGGCCAACCUCGUCGGCAAUCUGGGUAUUGGCAAUGGAACAACCAAAAAUGACGUCAACUGGAGCCAGCCGGGCGAGAAGAAAUUGACCGGCGGGUCCAACUGGCAGCCCAAGGUGGCCCCCACGACCGCUUGGAAUGCCGCCACCAUGAAUGGCAUGCAUUUUCCACAAUACGCACCCCCUGUUAUGGCCUAUCCUGCUACCACACCGACAGGGAUGAUAGGCUACGGAAUUCCACCUCAGAUGGGAAGCGUACCAGUGAUGACACAGCCCACGUUAAUAUACAGCCAACCUGUCAUGAGACCGCCGAACCCCUUUGGCCCUGUAUCAGGAGCGCAGAUCCAGUUCAUGUAACCCGACGGAAGAGCGGAGCCCGGCCCUCCCACCCCGAGAGACACGUGCUCGGGCAGCAAAUCCCUGCUUCCAGCCAAAUCCCAACCGCCGCCUCCCGGGACCGACGUCGUGGCCCGGCGCCACGGCCGCGGACGAUCCGGUCCCAAGGAGAGGGCGGCGCCCCCAAUCGAUGCCAAGCGUCGCCGUGACUCUUAGACCGAGAUCUGUCUCUCCGGCGACCGACCGACCCUUCGGCUCCGUCGACGCCGACGGGCACCCGUCGCCGGCCGCCCCCGACGCCGGCCCCGGCUCGGGCCCGGGGAGGGGAGAACUUCCGCCGGGAAGAGCGGCCCGGGACGGAGACCGGCGGGUCCCGGACCGGAAUUGGACGGGACUCUGUUUCGGGGGAGCAAAGAUCAUAACCCGUAUUACGCAGUACCUUUCUUUUUCUCCAGUCCUCAGAUGUAGAAACCGUAACGGAGAUUAACUUUUCUUUUCCGAAAAAGGAGUAAUAAUAAUUAUAUAUUCAGUUUGCAGUAGACAUUCCUUAUGUAUUUGUAUUUAUUUAUGAUUAUCGAUUUAAGUCACAUCAAUAUGGUAUCGGACCUCCUUAUGAAAAUGAGUAUGGAUGUAUACAGUACGUUUGAUUUUUUUUUAGCCACGGGAACGAUUCCGAUCCCGAACGCUUCGCGGGCGACCUACAGAGCACUAAGUAUUUCGAGGCGAGCCCGUCCGUCGGGGUCUCUCUGGGGGAAAGGGGGGAGGGGGGGAGAGAGAGUCAUGGAUGCGUUAAUCCCCGGGGUCUAUUUCUGUGCCUGAGAUAUUACAGGGGAACAGCUUCACUGACCAGGAAGAAGCACGACACUACAUUUUUAACUCGGCAUCUGUGCGUCGGGAAGGAACUCUAUUGCUUUGUGCUUGGCGUGUCAUUAUUUUCCGUUUGGCUUCGGAGCCUCUCCAAAACGAAUGUGAGGAAUUGCUUUCACUCGGAGACCCUCCUUCUUUCCGGGGAGACUCGGGAGCGCACGGGGGUGGGGAGGAGAGGACGGGGUGGGGGGGGCAAGGCACGGGACUUGGGCCGGCGCCAAGGCGGACGAUCCCGACAGCUUAGAUCGAGGCAAGUCGGAUGUCUCGGGGCGCCCGGCGGGGAGCGAACGGGGAAUCGGAGCGCCGCGUCGAUCGCGGCUCCGGGGGCACGCGUCUCACCGUUGGGGCCGAGGGGGGCCCCGGGAAGGACGGUCCGGGCAGUGAAAGCGAUUCUGUACACGACUUAGAGCGUACUCGUUGCAUCGUCUCCGCAGAUUCUAUUUUUGUUUACGAUAUUAAAAUGUACGUUAGCGAAAAUGGGUGGAUUUUCAAAUAAAACGCAGCUUCCACAAAA